AUGAUAGAGGAAAUGAAAGAUAGGGCUACUGAUGCACAGUGCAGGAGCAUGAAGUAUAAUCUGAUAUUUUCAGGUAUUCCAGAGAAAAUUUGGGACCAAAAUCAGAGUCUAGAUGAUGAUGAAAUAACAUUGAAAAAUUUCAUUGAAAGUAAACUCAAAAUUGUAAACGCCCAUGACAUUGCUAUGGCCAACGUCCAUAGAAUCGGCCAACGCGACAGGCGUACCGGUACACGGCCAAGAUCAAUCAUAGCAAAGUUUAUUUACUACAAGGAUUUACUGAGAGUCAAGCGGAGUGCUAAAGAACUAAAAGGGUCACAUUUUGGUAUAAACGAACAGUUUCCAAAGAAAAUUGAAGACAAAAGGAAAAUUUUAUAUCCGGUAGCGAAAGAAGCUAGGAAAAACGGGAAAAAAACUGUGUUGAACAGAGAUCAGCUGUACAUAGAUGGUGUACUAUAUAAGGGCCCGGAUGUUCAGCCCAUGGCCAGUCAGCAUACGCCCACUCAACAACCGCGCUCGAAACGUAGACGGGUGAUUUCAAAUCAGCAUGAAUAG